AUGUCCUGGAAAUAUGUACUUAAAGGGUAUAUUGUGAACCCUACCUCAGAAAAUACCUUAUUUUAUGAUGAUAGCUGUGUUAUAAUAAAAGACAGUUUCCCCAAGGCUAAAUAUCAUUUAUUGAUACUUCCAAGAGAUCAUAAAAUCACCAUUAAAGAUCCUAAAACAUUAACAUUUAAGGAAAAAUCUAGAUAUGAAAAAUAUAUUGUCUGGGCUAAAAAUUAUAUAUUGGAAACUUCGAAAAGUAACGGUGGUUUUGAUAAUAAUAUUAAAAUUAAUGAUAUAAGAGUCGGAAUUCACUACGUUCCCUCCUUAGCAAACUUGCAUAUUCAUGUAAUAACAAAUGAUUUUGUUAGUGAUAAGUUGAAAUACCCUAAGCAUUACAAGGCAUUCAAUGGGCCUUUUUUCGUUGAUUGGGACCAAUUGCCAUUGCCACCGCCAUAUUUAACUUCAAAGGAGGCUGAAAUGAAAUACAUAAAACUACAACCUUUAAAAUGUAGUCAUUGUGAUUAUCCAUUCAAAAAUUUACCCACUUUGAAAAAACAUUUAAAGCAGGAGUGGGAAACAAAAAAAAAUUAA